GCGGCGGCGGCGGCGGGGCGCCUGGGCUAACUCAGACAUAGUUCGGCAGUAUGGGUCCUCCUCUGAAGCUCUUCAAAAACCAGAAGUACCAGGAACUGAAGCAGGAAUGCAUCAAAGAUGGCAGACUGUUCUGUGACCCGACCUUUCUGCCUGAGAAUGAUUCGCUUUUCUACAACCGGCUGCUUCCUGGGAAGGUGGUGUGGAAACGUCCCCAGGACAUCUGUGACGACCCCCGUCUGAUCGUGGGCAACAUCAGCAACCACCAGCUGAUCCAAGGGAGACUGGGGCACAAGCCGAUGGUCUCUGCGUUUUCCUGUUUGGCUGUUCAGGAAUCUCACUGGACAAAGACAAUUCCCAACCAUAAGGAACAGGAAUGGGACCCUCGAAAACUCGAUAAAUAUGCUGGGAUAUUUCGCUUCCGUUUCUGGCAUUUUGGAGAAUGGACUGAGGUGGUGAUUGAUGACUUGCUGCCCACCAUCAAUGGAGAUCUGGUUUUCUCCUUCUCCACCUCCAUGAAUGAGUUUUGGAAUGCUCUACUGGAAAAAGCUUAUGCAAAGCUGCUUGGUUGUUACGAAGCCCUCGAUGGUUUGACCACCACUGAUAUCAUCGUGGACUUCACUGGCACACUGGCCGAGACCGUUGACAUGCAGAAGGGAAGAUACACCGAGCUGGUUGAGGAGAAGUACAAGCUAUUUGGGGAGCUGUACAAAACAUUUACCAAAGGAGGGCUGAUCUGUUGCUCCAUUGAGUCUCCUAAUCAAGAGGAGCAAGAAGUUGAAACUGACUGGGGUCUUCUGAAGGGCCAUACCUACACCAUGACUGAUAUUCGCAAGAUCCGUCUUGGAGAGAGACUGCUAGAAGUCUUCAGUACUGAGAAGCUCUAUAUGGUUCGCCUGAGGAACCCCUUGGGACGUCAGGAAUGGAGCGGCCCCUGGAGCGAAAUUUCUGAAGAGUGGCAGCAGCUGACUAUGGCCGACCGCAAGAACCUGGGGCUUGUUAUGUCUGAUGAUGGAGAGUUCUGGAUGAGCCUGGAGGACUUUUGCCGCAACUUUCACGAACUGAAUGUCUGCCGCAACGUGAACAACCCCAUUUUUGGCCGCAAGGAGCUGGAAUCGGUGGUGGGAUGCUGGACUGUGGACGAUGAUCCCCUGAUGAACCGGUCAGGGGGCUGCUACAACAAUCGUGAUACCUUCCUGCAGAAUCCCCAGUAUAUCUUCACCGUGCCCGAGGAUGGGCACAAGGUCAUUAUGUCACUGCAGCAGAAGGACCUGCGUACUUACCGCCGCAUGGGAAGACCUGACAAUUACAUCAUUGGCUUUGAGCUCUUCAAGGUGGAGAUGAACCGCAAGUUCCGCCUCCACCAUCUCUACAUCCAAGAGCGUGCUGGGACAUCCACCUACAUUGACACCCGCACCGUGUUUCUGAGCAAGUACCUGAAGAAAGGCAACUACGUGCUUGUCCCAACCAUGUUCCAACAUGGCCGCACCAGCGAGUUUCUCCUGAGAAUCUUCUCCGAAGUGCCCGUCCAGCUCAGGGAACUGACUCUGGACAUGCCCAAGAUGUCCUGCUGGAACCUGGCUCGUGGCUACCCAAAGGUGGUGACCCAGAUCACCGUUCACAGCGCGGAGGGCCUGGAGAAGAAGUAUGCCAACGAAACCGUAAAUCCGUAUUUGGUCAUCAAGUGUGGCAAGGAGGAAGUCCGUUCUCCCGUCCAGAAGAAUACUGUUCAUGCCAUUUUUGACACCCAGGCAAUUUUCUACAGAAGGACCACUGACAUUCCUAUUAUAGUGCAGGUGUGGAACAGCCGGAAAUUCUGUGAUCAGUUCCUGGGGCAGGUUACUCUGGAUGCUGACCCCAGCGACUGCCGUGAUCUGAAGUCUCUGUACCUGCGUAAGAAGGGUGGCCCGACUGCCAAAGUCAAGCAGGGCCACAUCAGCUUCAAGGUUAUUUCCAGCGAUGAUCUCACUGAGCUCUAAAUCUUCAGCUCUAGGGAAUCCUGACAGAGCUUUCCAUCCUUCCCUUUUCUGUCAGGUGCCAGGUCUUACCUAAUCCAUACUCCUUUGAAAGAAAGAAACUCACAGUAACUAACUUUUCCUUUCUUCUGAUAAAUCCCCCAUACCUCCCGAUCCAGGUAGCAUCAGUAGCUACAUAACCUAUAUACCUCCAGCAGCUGGACAGGGGGAGGUGACAGUCCUAUGUGGAGAUCAUACAGAUGUUUGCCAACAAAAAGAUCUCUGGGGCUUCCGGGGGUGAGAUUUAAGCAGGACAACAAUGGCCUGGAUACCCUACAGAUGUCUUUGCUGCUUUCAGGCACCCAGUGUUAUCUUCCCUGUAGGGCGUGUUGAGGAAGGAGGAGGGGUGAUCAAGGCCAAGCUGGUCUAGCCUGACAUCCCAGCUCCCGACUGAACACU